AUGGUCAGAAAACUCAAGCAUCAUGAGCAGAAGUUGCUCAAAAAGGUCGAUUUCCUCAACUGGAAACUGGACCAAGGCCACAGAGACACCACAGUCAUGGCCACCUACGGCAUCACCAACAGAGAAGACUACCACAAAUAUAAUAAGAUCUGUGGUGACAUCAGAAAAGUAGCACAUAAGCUUUCUUUGCUACAACCGAACGAUCCUUAUAGAAUCAAGCAUGAACAGCUUUUGCUCGAGAAGUUGUAUAAUAUGGGCAUUUUGACUACCAAGUCGAAGAUUUCAGACCUAGAAAACAAGAUCACUGUGAGUGCUUUUUGCAGAAGACGUAUUGGUGUUGUCAUGUGUCGUCUUCGAAUGGCACAGAAUAUGAAGGACGCUAACCUUUUUGUUGAACAGGGACACGUCAGAGUGGGUCCUAAUGUUAUUACAGAUCCAGCUUACCUUGUUACCAGAAACUUGGAGGACUACCUUACCUGGGUCGACAGCUCCAAGAUCAAGAAGAACUUGCUCAAGUACAAGAACAAGAUUGAUGACUACGAUUUGGCCUAA